AAAAUUUGGUCCUCCAGCUUUGCAAGAUAGGAAAAGUCGUACCAUUGUGCAAAAUCUUAGUGCAAACCCGUUUACUCGGCCAUUUUUUCCGCAAUAAGUUGUUUCCGCGCACAUACUGGCACAGCAGGUCAGUUUUCAUUUGAGCAGGUCAUUCCGAUCGUCGGUCGCGACACGACAAACGAAAAAAGCCAUUGAAUGUGUAAAAAAAUAAUCGCUGAAUAAAUUAGUGUGGGGCAAAAAGUGACAAAAUAUAGUAGAGAGGCGUAAAAGGAGGCCCUUUCUCUGCGUCCGGGUUUAUCUUCUGCCGUUAAGGAUUGCCAAGGAAUAAACGAAAAUACUGGUCUGCAGUUUGUGGCGGCUGAACAAGUUUGGAGCAUCAAGGAAGCCGGAAAACAGCUAAAAACGAGCGAAAACUUCAAUCAGCGGUAUUCGGGCAAUGCAAUGAUUAAUUGCGAUUUCCCCGAAUGAGUGUGAUGAUCAACAAGUUUAGUUGAAUCGCGAGAAAAAAAAAUAAAAAGGCAGCAAGUAAGCAAAAGUGUCAAAUUCGCCUGAGUGAAGUGCAGUAGCGCUGCUUUAGUGCCUACAGGAAAGGGGCAAAAUUCCUCUGUCACAAUAUAGAAAGAGUGUAUUUAGUGUGUGUUCUGCUGGAUAAAAGGAACUUGGAAAAAUAGUUUGUGAUAUAUUGAAGCAAACCGACGUGUGCAACGUGCGAAGAGAAGUGUGAAAUUCAAAGAUGAAAAAGUGUGACCACUAGGUAUUUGCAGAGCAAGUGAUAUACGCAUAAGAUAGCAGGCAAAAGCAAGCCAAGCAUAAUCGUGUGGUUUUGCGGCAUAAGAGAAAUCCAAGCAUUGGACUUAUAUAGUGAUCAACAAUAAACAGUUCGAGCAAAUUGAAAGGCAAAACACAAGCAGUGCGCGAGAGCACAGCGUACGCACGCCAACCUCGAAGACAGCCAGGCAACAGACAAAGUGAAUGAGCAAAGCAAAACUUGAAAGUUGAGAUAGGCCCAGAAUACAUACACAUCAAUCAAAAAAUGAACAUUAAUUCGGGCAGCGCAUCCGAAGCAACAUCAUCAACAACAACAACAACAACAACAGCAACAUCUGUGUCGCCUAUUUCGCCACCGACCGGUACGGAAGAAGAGGAGGAAUCCACUCUGGUCGAAGUUUCGCCUUCAUCGUCGUCAUCAUCACCAUUAACGUCGUCUCGAACGAGCAGCACCGGUGCGGGUGACGAUGUUGAACCGCAUCCGGAAGUGAGCAUUGGGAAUGAAACAUCCCCGAACACGAUGGCUAUAGGUGUUCACGCAGCUUCAACAGAUACAUCAGAAGCCAGUACAGUGGCAUUAGUUGAAGAUCUGCCUCCUCAGCAGCAAUUUCUACUAGCGCCGGUGGCAGUGCAGGUUGCUAGUGAUCAACAAUCAAAGCAACAAUCACGACACCACGUACCGUUUCAAAACUCAUCAUCGCUUUCAACUCCGUCCUCAUCCGAAGAAUUCGACGAAUCUGUGGCUACCAGCAGCACCGAAGGCGCCUUGAAUGUUUCCAGUAGCAAUAAUCUAUUGAAUAACAAUAGCAACGUAACAGGUAACAGUGAACAACAAGCAACAGGCCAACAGCAGAGUGUAGUCGAAAGUGUCCUUUUAUCAUCGCCAAUAGUUACGGUGGUGACCAGCACGCCGGAACGUGCUGCCAUAAACAAAGAAAAGGAAGAGCAGAGCAAUGCACCAAUAGAGAUAGUACAAAUCUUUCCCUCCACUGCUACAUCGCUAUUCUCGUCAGCUACAUCAUCAACAUUUUCAUCCUCACCUUCCACUUCGAGCACAUCGCCAACGUCCUCAUCUUCAACCUCAUCUUCACCUUCCGUUUCUCCGCUGGCAGUGGAUCAACAAACGAUAGCGUCAAGUACACCACCUUCGACACAAGUUCAAGCGGAAAUAUUGAACGAGAUGAAAGAUGUGACUUUUCACGGGACAGUGCCGGAAAGCGUUUCGAAAACUGACAAAGCUGCCGACCGAGAGCCGAAUCCCAAAUGUCCGGAUACUGUCCAAUCUAUACUUACGCGUAACAGCCGACCAUCGACGUCGUCAUCACCGCAAUUGCAUAGUAAUCUGAAAAAGCGCAAAUCCGGCAAUCUUGGCGCCGAAAUCGAACGACGACGGGUAUCGUUCCCGCAAGAUACGCAACUCGUCACCGGCUACCUGGAACCGAUCGAUCCGUGGGCCUGUGUGACAGUCAUUGGUGUACCUGAUUUGAUAGAGCUUUAUAAGAAGUCUUGCGGUAGGCACGGUACUGAACCACUCUCUGUAGUACUUGAGCACUUGAAAGAACUCGACCUCAGCCAACAGCAACGAGUACCACUACUGUCGCUGAGGGAUCAGAAUCUCACCCAUGGUUCCUGCGAAGCGCUGGAAGAAGUGUUCAAACGUGUGCAAUAUCGAUGUAUCAACGUGUCGCAUGCCGGACUGGACGAUACCAGUGCAAGCGUUCUGUUCGAUAUGAUCGAAUACUACGAAGCGACCAACGAGCUGGACUUUUCAGACAACCUGGCAAUGACCAACAAGAGUUGGCUUGCUUGCAUGAAUAUGGUGAAGAAAAGUCAAGCUUUAAAUGUACUUAUCACGCGAGGGCCAGGAAUUUCUGAAUACUAUGCCAAAGAUCUAGCAACAGCCCUCAAUACGUCCGCAAUUCAUACGCUUAAGUUAGAACAUUGUGAAUUGUCCCAACGACCACUAAUGAUGUUGUGCAAUGUGCUUAAGGGAAACACAGUGUUAAGAGAACUGUCGUUAGCUUAUAAUCAAUUAACUUGGGAGGAUGCAAAAACUAUCGCAACUUUACUGCAAUCAAACCGUUAUCUUCAGCUGCUGGACAUCUCAAAUAACAACAUUGGCGAUAAUGGCGUCGAACUGAUCGUCAACGCACUCAUCGAACAGUCAAUCUAUUUUAAAACGCUGCAAGAAGCAAAGCCAAAACCCGAAUUCAGCAUCGCAGAUCUUUCGAGUAGUUUGAACAGCAUUAACAGUAACAAAAGCUAUUUCCCAAAUUCGUACAGCAAAACACCUCAGCAUGUCACGCAGAAAACUACCCAACGCAAAGAAAGGCAGAGGAAAAAGCAGAUACAGCAACAAUUGCAACCGGGUCCAGUUUCCAAUUUGUUAGAUAGUUGCUUGCCCACCGAAACUACGUCUGCAGUUCUACUGGAUGCCACUCCGAUGACUCCGCCACCAACGCCAGCCUUACCGUGUGCGAGCACUCCGUCGGAAGAUGUAUUCCUUACGUCGCCGAAAUUGACACCACCACAGGUUGUGCAAUCCCAAGAAAAGAAAACACCACCUAUUUCGCCCUCGCACAUCAUACCAGAAAAUGCAGCCUCCGAGCUAACGAAGCUGGAGAUGGCAAAUAGUACAAACGAUGAUAGCGGUAUUAAUAGUAGUGUUUCUAGCGAUGUGGAACAAACGAAUAGUGAUAAUUGCAAUAACGAUGUAAAGUCAUCAGUUUUAGAAUCUGAGCAGAAAAAAGCGCUCAGUGAAAAUCUUUUAGAAACGCGGACUGCGUCAUCCUUGAAGGUUUCACACCAAGAAAGAAAGCAUGACGUGAUUGCAUUAUCUGGAAAAAAUACUGAUGAAGUGAACGAUAGUGGUGGUGGAAAAGAAAAUGUUCCUAUCAAUGAAGGAGAUAUCAAAUCUGUCGAGCUUAUGUCCGACGUCGAACUGGUUGAAGGACCUAAGAAAGCAAAGCUCGCCAAACAGGACAGUGUUACGAACGAAUCCGAGUUAAGUAUAUCGGAGAUUAGCAAUGUAAAAGUGGAAAUUGUUGCAGCUGAACAAAAUUUACUUAAAAUAGAAGACCCUGUGGAUGAAGAUACACCCGAAGUUUACGCAGACUAUGACGACGAUUCAAGUUUGAAAAUUGUAGAGGAGAAUCUUUUAGUUGACAGAAGCAUAAAUGCAAGUACUAGUGAAGAAGUGAAGCAACUGGUGAGUAAAGGUGACGUAGCCGAGAAUGGGAAAUCUGACGCGGGUGACAACGAUGACGGUGCAUCAUUAAUACGGGUUCCAUUGAAAAAAGAUGAACUGCAACUGCUGUUAGAAUCAAAAUCGAAGAAGAAAGCAGAACAGGAGCGCGAGGUUGAAAUUACCAAAACCCAAGUACUUACAGCGCACAGCUCAGAAAUCACUGAGAAAGAAAACGUUAAUGUAACGAGCGCACCGAAGCAGAUGGAAACGAUCCCACUUAAAAUAGUCGAAAUGCAAGAUAAGCCACUAUCAUCUUCCUUGGAUAGUGCAUGUUUAACAGAUUUUAAUAAUUCAUUCUUGGCUAGCAGUCAACCACCAAGUUUCCCCACAGAGCGGUCUUUUAGUUCGGAAAGCCUCAACAGUGAAACCUCCGUAGACUCAAAUGAUUCGAAAAGUAGCUUGAAGAUCAUGCAAUCGAAGUUUGCUGCACGAAACGGUACACUCGAAAGGCAACAUUCGAGUGUUAAUAAAGAAGCACAACAGACGGAGCAAUCCCUGGCCGCUGCAUGUGGGUUGCAAGUGCUGGUUUUAUGGAACAAUGAAAUAACCAGGAAUUCGUCUCAAAAUUUUGCCGAUUUAAUUGAAAACACUUCCACAUUGGAAAUUCUAAACGUUGGAUGCAAUCUGUUGUGCAAUGAUUUCGUGGCAAACAUCAAGGACAGUCUUAAGUCCAACACCAGUCUAACCAGUUUGGGCUUACAAGGAGCACAUCUGUCCGAUAAUGGUGCUAAAGCGAUGGCGGAAGUUAUCGAGUUUGGUGGUAAUUCCACACUGCAGUGGAUCGAUCUGAGAAACAACAACAUAUUGGCAACAGGAUUGGAUUAUCUAAACGAAGCUCUCAAGUCGAAUAAAACAGUGACAAGAAUCGAUCUUGAUGACGUGCCACGGAGAGCAAUGGAAAACUCAAUAGAAGUGGGUUCGGAGUACUCUCGCUUUUUGAACAAUAUCAGAGCUCAGUGUGAGCGCAACAAACACCCACCGGAGCAAACAGAACCAAUCAGUACAUCGAUCAAACGUGUUCGCGACACACACUUGGGCUCACGCAAAAUUUCGCUUACCUGUACAUCAAUUCGGGCGCCGCCAAGCGCAACAGGAAGCGACAAGCACCAUCAUCAUCUGCUGGAUCCAAGCAAGAAAAACGGUGGGCGCUUACGUUCUCCAUUGCCAAGUCCUAUUCCAUCACCAAGUGCAUCCCCUGUACCGAGUCCGUCACGCAAUCGGUUCCAGGUGACACGUGUUGGCGAGUCUGCCGGCAGUAGUAGCAGUCUCACAAGUAUUAAUAACAAUACAUCUACCUCACCGUCGCCAUCAUCAACGGGUAGCUCGCCGACACUGUUUUUCGCUGCAAAUUCCCGUUUUCGUGUUGUCACCGUUGAAGAACCGCUAUCAUCGAGUGUUGCUAACUAUUCACAGAAAAAGUCAUCAUCUGUGUCGCCAUCGCCGCUUGCAGUCGGUAGCAUCGGUCGAAUGCCAUCCAUGGGUAGUAAUUCUGCGCCUGCCCUGUCGUCAUACGUCAACUCGCCAAAGUUUAGUUCAUCAUCAUCGCAGACGGUUGCUAACAUACCAUCGCCAACGGUGCUAGCACAACAGACUCCCAACCAGGUACCACAGCAACAGAACAUACCGCAGCACCCAAUACCGUUCACAACCACAACAGCGCCAGCGACACCAAAAUCGAGGCAUACACGAAUACCUUCCACCAGCAACAAUCCGUUGAAUGAUUCUCUCACUUCAACGACAUCGGUCGAUAGUCCAGAUCUCGAAGUGAAACGAUUUAUGAGUGGUAGUACUGGAAUAAACAUUAACACUGUUUCCCCUAACGUACAUUCUUCUACAAUGGACGAUAGCUGCUGUUCGUCUAUAAGCAGCAGCAUUGGCUCAAUCGAUAAUGUACAAUUCCCCAACGUUUCUAUCAGCUCAGCAGAUGAAAGCUUCGAUUUGGUAGUAAGUUCACCCUCUUCAUCUUCUUUGACGGUGAGUUCGAUUAGUACGGCACCACUUAAAACGCCUAGUUCUCAACCAGAGGACUGCAAAUUUGUUCAAAAACAACGGCAACGCGACGAUCCACCUGCGAAGGACACCGCUAGUUUGAUAAACGUUAAUCUACUGAAAGUGAAAAACAAUAGCCUGUCCAGUCUGGAGAUGAGCAUCAGUUCACAGGAAUCGCUGUACGACGUGCACGAUUUGUCAUCGGCAACAUCUUCGGGAUGUUCGCCCUCGCAGGUUGGCGGCACUAGGUUGGCACCUCCAACGAGCGAAAAUUCCAACGAGAGUACUCUGACGUCGGUGCAAAGCUUGGAAAAGGACAAGCAAGCGGUGACAGGCAAACCAUCGGAAAAGCCACCCCGUAUCCGGAAAACGUCCUGGAUAGCAUCUUUAGGAAACCAUCCGAAGUCGGACAGUAAUUCAUCGCCGCUAUCUGGUAGCAGUACUGCAAGCGGCUCAACUAGUAGUGGAUACUCACCAGCCAUCGAAAAACUAUUGGCCAUCUUCAUCAGCCCAAGCAAUUUGUUCUCCUCCAGCAAAUGUAGUCCACCGAGCUCGGAAAGUUCGACGGUAUCGACGGGUACAACCGGUGGAGUGAAAGAAAGCACAUCCAACCCUCCAUCGCGCAAGGAGAGUCCCAUGGGUGGACUAUUCCAGUGGUCGAAGUCGACCAAAGACGAGGAUAAAGUUUUGAAAGUAAACGUUUCACCAGAAAAUACAAUCACUCCUCAACAGGUACAACCGCUAAGCCAUUCACCGCAAGCACAAUCUCAAUCUCCGAUGUAUUGUGUCGAACAUAUGCCAACACAGUUGAAAGCAGAAAUUAAGGAAAACAUUUCUCCGGAGAACACUAUAACGAGAAGCAAACUGUUGGCGAAUCCAUUGCCUUCUUCACAGGCUAGCUUAGCGGUUUCAGUGGCACCCAUCAUGACAACAACGACAACCGCUACUCAACAUCCGAAAGUUAUAUUCCAUCUAGGCGACGAUUACGAUGACUCAGAGGACGACAUCGAUACACUCACUAGCAAAUAUGGGGGCGGAGCUAGCAGCGGCGUACCAGGUGAUUUCAACAAGCUAUCGUCUCAUCAACCGUCCUCAUCGUUGCUGGGAAGUAGCGCUGGUAGUACCACCACAAACAGCAGUGGAAUCAGCAUCAGCAGUCAAUCGUCACCGCUACAAAGUAGCAUCCUUCAAACUAGUCAUCUUGGACAACUGGCUCGUGAUUCGUUGGUAACAAUGUUUAAGAAUCCUUCACUCGCUUCACAGGAUUCGAUGCGAUCAAUGGAUUCUUUGACCGAGGCAACUGAAACCAUUCAAUCGCAAACUCCUCAACAACCCGAUACAGGUAACUCACAAGCUCAGUAGCGGACUUGGGCAGAGCGUACCAGUGUCGAGUGGUUGAUUUAAGCAAGUAGGAAUCAGGUAAGCCAGUUGUAUCAAUGCUAUUAAAAAAACGGAAGCACUGUGAGUGCGGUAGCGGGUUUGGAAGUGUUAUGCCGGUAUCUCUCUCACUUAGUUCAUUAUUGCUGGUAUUUGGUAGAUCGUUCGAACGUUCUUUAUACAUUUCUGACUUAUCAAAGUAAAAAGUAAAUAAUGUGCCUUCUUUAGAUGCAAAUGGAACAAAGAAAAACAGAAGCGAAGAAGCAGUAAAUCCUAUCGGACUAUGCAAUAUAUACGUUACUUACACAAGAGGCCAGGAAAAGCAGAGGCUAGAGCAUGGAAACAUCCGUUAAAUUAUUUAACUUAUAACGUGUGAUUGAAUGAUGGCUUGAAAGAGAAACGGACGGUUAUGGUGAACACAUAAUAUUAUAUUGAAGCGAAGAAUAUUUAAUUUGCUAGGACCGUUCCAGUUGCUUAAACAGAUAAUGGUAUGUAAUUAUCACAUUUUAUCGUACAAGACCCAACGAAGCGCGAAACUAAUCUGCAAUACAAUAAUAACAGUAACACCUUGGAUGGAUCAAUGGCACUUUAUUACUGAAAGUGUCAAUUUGGACAACGAACAUUCAAAAUUUAUAUCUGUGAAAAUAACUGAAAAUAUUUUUCCCAAUAGUUUCAUUCCAUUGACAUCUUACAGCAGCUUGCUGGUUCCAAGCGAAUGUAAUUCACAACUUCUGUUAAAUUGUGUCAAACUUUGCGUUUGAUUAGGUCGUUUUACGAACUUGAUUUAUUGGCAGCUUUUUGCUCUGAAUCCAGGGUGUGUCACCAACCGGCCGUUUACACUGUAUGUCAAAUAAGAGAGUACCUGAGCAAUCCGAGAGAACCUGGUUGUGCGUAUAAAAAUGUCGUCAACUGAAUGGGAUGGACCGAAUGAACGAAAUAAUUAUGUUAAUAGACGAAUCCAGUGCAGCGCAAGAUAGGGAAGAAGUUUACACUUGAAACUAUCGAAUAAAUUAAAUUCAUUAAGAAGCAAAUCUCUAAAAAGCACUGAAGCAAAAAUCUGAGUAUUAAAAUAAAAUUAAAAAGGCAAACGAAAGAAGUGUAAUUGAGUAAUUUAAUCCUCUUUCAAAACCAUUGUGAUAUUAGUUGUAAUCUACACGAUUAUUUUAAUAACUGAAUUGUAAGCUUAAUAUGAGGGGAAUGAGAGAGUAUACCUAAAGGAUAUGUGAGAUUUUGAAUGCUUUAAAUAGAUAUUAGACAACAUACUGUCUAGUUUCCAACAACCAAACGUAUUGCUCCGAGGUAUGCUGAAUAAGAAAAAUCAUACGAAUUGUCACUAAUACUCUAUUUUUGGAUACUUUUUGUAUCGAAGGAUCACAAAUAGAAAUCAUUUUGUAUUUCCAUUAUCGGUACAAUUUUAUAACGUGUUCUGUAUUGUUUGGUAAUGCCAGCCAAUGUGACAUCCAAGAGAGAUAUGAUAAGGCAAUAAACUUUCAAUUAUAACCAACCAUCCGCAAGGAAAAUGUUCGAUCAAGAAAGGUACACCUGAAACUUAUCGGCUAAAGUACGUUAUUAACAUAAUAUAAGAAGACUGCCUAUCCAGUAUACUUAACUUUUACUUCACUGGAUCAAUCCAGAAGGGAAAAUGCUCACUUCAGAAUGAACAAAACGCUUCUUUUGAGACUGGCCAUGAACGAAAAAUUCAAAGUUAUUGAGCAGCCCACUCACAGUGCUUCUUGAUGAGGGUCGAUUUAUUUCCAACGUUUCGACUAGAGAGGAUGUGUUUUGUGAACAAUGAUGAAUGACUAGCAGGAAUCCCAGAUUAUCGGAUUUUUUUUGUUUGAGGAUAAAUGCAAAUGGAAGUUGAAAAAUCGUACCAUUGAAACAACAGAAAUAGGUCAGUCAUAAUCACUGCAAAAAAUGCAGGAAACAAUUUAUAGUUUGAUUUAAGUUUCAAUUAGCAGCAAGCGAAGCAAGCAAAAUUUUCGAUGUGUAGUCAAUGGGAACGAAUGAAGCGUUUUUUCCGGUCAAAAUUAGUCCAGUUUACAAUGUUAAUUCGAUUAGUGUGUGGUUCUCACACGUUUGCUUAAUUUCCAAUUCUACUACAUAUGUCGUAUCAUAUGUGCCCUAAACGUUGUCUCGGUCGUGACUAAAGUUUCGUUUUGACUAUACCAAUAUAAUUUGUUAGUCAAAAAUUUGAUGACCUACGUAUAUCAAGCAGAUGAUUUAGAAUGUCUAAAACGACAUACACUCUUAAAUGAGUUCAUCAUACCCGAAAUUAGCUAAUACUUGGUUAAAACGAUUCAAAAUGCCCUUAAAGUGUACAAACUCAGAUUUUGAGUUGUUUUUCAACCAAAAAAUUGGUAGUAGGAACUUGAAAGUGCGUUAUUUGUCACAGAGAAUAAUUCAAUUAUCGGUAGCAAGUAGCCAAAAUUGGUUGAAUUUUUUACCCAAAAUUUGAGUUUGUACACUUUAAGGGCAUUUUGAGUAGUUUCAACCUAACUUUAGCUAAAUCCGACCUAUUUACGGGUAGAAUCAUUUCACAGUGUAGACCAUAUAUGAUUUGUAAAGUUGAAAGUCAAAAUACGUGGAUACUCUAAAUGAAACUUAAUCAAGUGAAAUUUUGUAUACAAUAUAGAGGUAAUUCUGACUCAUCUCUAGCAAAAAUCCAAACAAGAUGCUUUGGAAUAUCAAUUUCAAUUAAUUGGGUAAUAACAGCCAAAAUCACUAGUAUUGGCUAUAUUUUCAAUGUUCUGUUACUAUGUCUUAUUUCUAGUUCUACCUAUGGACAUUGUAAACUAUUUCAGUUUUACAUAACACUAUAACAGUUUUGAUCCCUCAAAGCUGCAAGCUCAAACCCGGUAACGAAGUCGAGCAAAAAAUGCUUCGUUUGUUGCAAUAAAAACAUUCAUGCUUCAUCAAUAAUCAAAUUACAACAAAAUUUCGUUUGAAACUACUAUCAAGUGUAUCUAAAAAUUAUUUUUAAUGUUUCACGUCAUAUCUAUAGUACGAGAUACAAUAACCAAUCUAGUGGAACUGAUAUUGUACUGGAUGCUAGUGAAAAUGUGAGAAACCUUUCGGCAUAUCAACAGCAAUUUUUGGAAAAACCUGGCUAUUUAUUUCCAAACCGAUCGCCCAGUUUCGAUUAUGUUUAAGUCAUUAUAUUCAAAUUUUUACCUUUUUUAAUCGGUUGCAUCAUCCAUCAUACAUCCAUCGAUCCAUUAUUAACCCUCUAUCGGACAAUAACGAAAAAAAAUUUACACUACCUUGAUCGAGAAAAUUCUGAGGACUCAGUUGUGGAUUUUACCCGUACUCGUUGCAAAGUUAAAGGCGAGGUUAAAGGUCAUGUAACUUUUGGCGGAAAUUUUCUUGAAAAAAAUAUUCUUAAAUACAGUUUGAGGUUAUACAAUUGAACUGGGCGAUAGAAAAACCGAUCGGCUUAUCACAUUUUUGCCAGAGCUAUCUCGUAGUCGCAGUAAAAAUAGGUUUAUCCAAAAGUACGUAUAAAUACUAUUCUUGUUACUUAUUUUUUGGCUGUUAAUUUUAGCAAAAGCUAUUGUUUCGUUUCGUAUCAAAAUAAUCUAAAUUCUAAGUUUGAACAUUGUUUUGGAUAACCCUUGCAGUAAUAACCAGACAGUAAAACAUGAAAAACAAAGUUUUUCGAGAAUUGUCAUUUCCCAAGUUAAUAGUGGCAGAAAAAUUUCCCAGUGUUAUUCCGAUUAAUAGUUAACAACGGAAACAGUAAACGCAGCAGAUUUUUCAGUUUUUUUAUUAGUAUCUUCAUUUAAUAUUUCUGUGAUACAAGGUAGCUUGUGAUACAAUUACAAUUAUUUUUAAAACCUAACAAACAAUUCAACUAAACCAACAAGUAAUCUAACGAAUCAGAAUCAGUGCGUCUAUCCUGACGGCUGUUUCCAAGUAUCUCUAAACCAGUUUUAUCAAUAAUGUUUUUUUUUUUAAUUUCUGAACGUUCUCGUUUUAGUUUAUCUCUAGUGAGCCUAACAGUUAAAGUGUGAAGAAACGAAAAAAUACUAAUCGGAAUAAUUCUAUAGGUUAUGUAUCGUGCAGUGUAUGAAAACAACAAAUUCACUGAAUAGAAUGCUAGGUACCUUAAGCGCGUACAUCUUUUCGUUUCGAAUCGGAUUAUCUUGUACAACAUCAUAAGUGGUACCAACAUCUUUUGAUUUUUCCUAUUUUAAAGCAUGCGCGAUGAACAAACAAGAGCUGAACAGAGAUAACCAAUGCUCACUAAUACCCUUGAACCCUUGAAAUUUGACCGAUCUUUUCUUGUUGAUAAUGUUUGCAAAAAAAGGUUUUAUUCUGUUCAACCUACCAAAUUAUAGACAUGCCUUCUUGCGCGCGCGUAAUUAAAUCAAAAUUAACUAUAACUGUUCAGCUCAUUCGUUUAUUUUGCAUUAUGAGCAAUGGUCGGUUCUUAUUAGUUCAAUUUACUACGUUCAAAUAGAAACCAAAUCAAAACUACUGAGAAGGGAAAACAGAAGCUACACAUUUUUAUUAGAUACAGAAGUACAACAAAUGUGUUGUCAAUGAAUUUCCUACUUUUAAUUUCGAUGGUUUAACCAAUGCUAUGUUAUAAGAUUGUCGUCAACAAACACCCUUACAAAUAACAAACUAGGACAAUGUUUCGUAGGACAAAAACAUUGUGAGUUUCCCACUUCGAUAAUUUAUGUUCAAAUUCGCUAAUAAUACUUUACCAUUUAUAUUUUAACUUAAGCUUCACUCUUUCCCCCCGAUAGAUAGAGUUUAUUUUCCCGUAAAUAAAUAAAAACAGUAGUGAUUACUUAACGUACAGGCGUUGAUCCAUACUAGUAGCAAAAUUCAUCCGAUUGUCCCAUAGAAAUGCAACAAUAUCCUAUGACCUUUAAU